AUAAUAAUUAAGUAAAUAAAUAAAAACCCUCCACACACACGCGUGCGUUACUAAUUUACAAUUUUGAAAAGGGAAUGACGAAAGAGUUAAAUGCUCGACAUCCAUUCAGUUCUUUCCUCUUGCAUUUCCAAAAUGACAGUCAGCUGACGAGAAAAGUUUUCGUUUCCGAGCCGAUAUGUUAACGACCUCAGAGAUUCAGCGAGCCUAUUGGCUCGCUCCGAUCCGUCACUGAAGCUAUAAAACUCAGCAAUGCUUUUAAACUGUACGGUCGUGUGUCGAGUUUAAAAACGCUCUCUCAGCUCGAUCUGUGUCAGCAGCAUUUUGCGCACUUCUUUUAAGUUACACUCACCCGUUUGACCACGAUGAUGUCUGCUCACGAGGAGUCACUAAAGUGUUAAAUGUUUGAAACCCAAGGCCGCCGAAAUUCACUUGUAAAGAGAGGAGAAAGAGAUCCGAUGCUUCUUUGCAAUAGACUGUGCCAACGAGAGCUCAUAAUCUGGAGUUAGAAGCGCAGUGAAAAGUCCUGUGCAGUCUUUGUUUUCCUGCUAAAAGUAAACCAUAAAAAACAGCAAGCUGGCUCACUCUCUCCCGAUCCAGCCGGCGUUGACAGCAGCUCUUCACCCGCUCUGGAGGACGGUCAGCAGCAAGAGGAUGGCAUCAGAGUUGGCACUGAGCAGCUCCGACCUGCCCACCAGUCCCCUGGCCAUGGAAUAUGUUAAUGACUUCGAUCUGAUGAAGUUUGAGGUGAAGAAAGAGCCACUGGAGCCCGAUCGCAGCAUCAGCCAGUGCAGCCGUCUGAUCGCCGGGGGCUCCCUGUCUUCCACCCCGAUGAGCACGCCCUGCAGCUCGGUUCCCCCUUCCCCAAGCUUCUCGGCGCCCAGCCCUGGCUCCGGGAGCGAGCAGAAGGCGCACCUAGAUGAUUUCUACUGGAUGACCGGUUAUCAGCAGCAGCUCAACCCGGAGGCUUUGGGCUUCAGCCCCGAGGAUGCGGUUGAAGCGCUGAUCAACAGCACACAUCAGCUCCAGAGCUUCGACGGCUAUGCUAGAGGGCAGCAAUUCAGUAGCGCAGCCGGGGCGGGAGGCACCAUGCCCGGAGAGGAGAUGGGAUCAGCCGCCGCGGUGGUGUCCGCAGUCAUUGCCGCCGCUGCAGCGCAGAACGGGGCUCCUCACCACCACCACCACCAUCAUCACCACAGCCACCACCAGCAGCACCAAACUCCCGGGGUCCAGUCCAGCAACAACUCUUCUAGCACCCACCACCAGCACUCCCACCUGGAUGACCGCUUCUCGGACGAGCAACUCGUUACCAUGUCCGUGCGGGAGCUCAACCGCCACUUGCGCGGCGUCAGCAAAGAGGAGGUGAUCCGACUCAAACAGAAGAGGAGAACCCUCAAAAACAGAGGCUAUGCCCAGUCGUGUCGCUACAAGAGGGUCCAACAGAGGCACGUAUUGGAGGGCGAGAAGACCCAGCUCAUGCAGCAGGUGGACCACCUCAAACAAGAGAUCUCGAGACUGGUGCGUGAGAGAGACGCGUACAAAGAGAAGUACGAGAAGCUCGUGAGCAGCGGCUUCCGAGAAAACUCGUCGAGCAGCGACAACAACCCCUCAUCCCCGGAGUUUUUCAUGUCUUCCAGAAAGUUCCUUCAUCUGUGACUAUGAGUUCUCUAAGCCUGACCUUGAUAAGUGAGAUGGACCUUUCAUCAACCUCACACUCCACAUCCAUGAAUGCUCUUGCGCAGGACAACCCACACUCACUCUGUAGUGCAGUGCUCUUAAGGCACUCAAACAUGUCCGUGUUGUUCUUUGGCUAAUGUUUACAAAUCCCUCCUAAUUCCAGCCGAGUUGCCGCACACAAGCACAGAAAAAAUUAGUUUCAGCUUCACAGUCGGAGGCCUGCUGCAGUUCAGCUGGGAAGAGGAUAAAGGAACAACCAGAAAAGAGAACAAGAGAGAGACCGAAACAGACCACAUACAAUGUUAACAAUCAUCUAAAUCAAGAGCAGUGUUAUUACAAAAUAAAUGUAAUAGCAAUCAGUAACAUUUACAUUCGCUGAGUAAAAAUGUGUAAUUAAAUGACUGUUAUUUAUGAAAAUGUUAACAAUUACUAACAGGGAUCAUCUGAACACUGAAUGAUUUAAACAUUUGCAUUUAUUUAUUUUUCACACACCCACAUACAGAUUUAACUUAUUUAUUUCAUAAAUUGCAGUGACUCAGGAGAUUAGUACAG